AUGGAAGAUUUGGUUGAUGAGUGCAAAACAUUUUAUUUUGCUGGACAAGAAACUGUUAAUGCCUUGCUUGCUUGGGCAGUGCUGGUUUUAGCUAUCCAUAGAGAUUGGCAAGACAAAGCAAGAAGAGAGAUGCGCAUGAUCAUUAAUGAAACUCUACGAUUGUAUGCUCCCAUAAAUGGGUUGGUAAGAAGAGCUAGAAGACAAGUUCAAGUGGGAAAGCUAGUCUUGCCUGCUAAAGUAGAUGUUUGGAUCCCAAACAUGGCACUUCACCAUGACCCUCAGUUAUGGGGAGAUGAUGCCCAUGUUUUUAAACCGGAGAGGUUCGAGAAAGGGAUCGUGAAAGCUACCAAGUACAAUGCGGUUGCAUUUAUUCCUUUCGGAAUGGGACCUCAAGCUUGUGUCGGGAUGACCUUUGCAAUCUAUGAAACAAAGACUGCUCUUUCCAUGAUUCUACAAAGAUACACCAUUUCUCUCUCUCCUGCCUAUGUUCACCAUUUCUCUCUCUCCUGCCUAUGUUCACUCACCCACACCUCGUAUCACAGUUCAACCACAGCAUGGGAUUCAAGUUAUACUCAAUUCACUGUCUAA